AUGCCCCGGGGAAAGCCGUUGUACCCAAUACCUGCCGGUGGGAGAGGAGAGCAAGAGAAAGGGAUCGUUUUUCUUCGGGUGUUGCUUCCCCGUCCCUUCUUCCGCGGCUCCGCCAUCGUUCCCCUCAUUCCCCUCCCUUUCCCCGCCUUCUCUCUCCGCCGCCCGCCCAACCUCUGCGCACCCUCCCACCGUGGCGCAACGAGUGAUCGCCAUCCGGUGGGCAACGUCUCUCCUUCGCUGCUCUCCAUUCCCGUGCCGCUCUUCGCUGCUCUCUUUCGCAUUUUCAUCCACGUGCUGCGCGCGUCCUUCCCCUUGCGCGUGGUUUCCCCCUUGCGCGUGGCAUUCUUCCUGCGCGUGGCCUUCCCCUUUCCGCAACAUUAUCGGUUCCGCAACCGGCGUAUCCCCGCACUGCCCUCCGCCAACGGCGCAAUCGCUCCGCUGGUUAUCGCAGGGGGCGCAAGAAUCACGACAGCGGCUGCACUGCGCCGGCCUAUCAGCGCGCUCUUGCCCGCGCUCCUGCGCAGGCUCCGCCGACCUGGCGCAGCGACAGCGCGCCACGUCAGGCGAGGAAAUGCUAGCGGAGGCGGCGGAUGCUCGGGAGCGCGCGAAGCGGGUGGCGGAAAAUGCGGCGGCAGCAACGGCGGCUCCGACCACGGUUCCCGCAACGGCGGCGAGGAGGACGUCCGACGAGAGGGGCGCGGGCGACAUGGUUCAACACGUCGUCUUUUCGGAAAGCACAGGACUCGCAAGUGGCUUCGUGCCGCUACGCGCAACCCAAUCCAAUCCUUCAGCAGUCAUCGCCUCGUAUCUGCUUCAACAACCGCCCGCCGCGCCCGUGCAAUGUCGGCGGUCGACGCGGCGUGGCAGCGCCUCAAGGCCGCCACCGCGCCCGCAGCCAUGGCGGGAAGCAGACUCUCCGCCGCUUCCGCCGCCGCACCUCCCGCACAGCCGCGCGGAGAUGGAGGCGGAAGCGCAAUAGCCGCCGCUUUAGACGGUGGAGCGGCAGGUUCCGCGGAUCUUGCGGUGCAAGCGACGGCGGGAAAUCCGGGCGAGACGGUGAAGCUGCGCGACGCGCGCGUGGAGCUGAUUCUGACGCAGCGGCUGCGGCAGCGCGGGGCCGCGCAGACGGCGAGCGGCGGCAGCGCGGCGAAGAAACCCGUCCCUGUGAGUGGCGCGCGCGAGGUUCAGUGCGUCGUGGGUGUGGAACCAGGGCUUGAAGCCCCUUACCGCUCCUCACCUCGUGUCUCCCACACCUCGUGGGUGUGGGACCUGGGUCUGAGGCCCCUCCCACACUCUGCCCCCGAAUCGGAUGCUGCUGGCAGUGACGCGCGGGGAGAGAGGAGCAGCGGAAAGGCGGCUGGGGGAGCGGAAGGAGCAUUGGGGAGUGCAGAGAGGGGGGGGGCGGGGCAGGCAGAGGGUAGAGGGGAUGAUGGGGUGCGGGAGGGGGGGAAUAUGGAGGUGGACGAGGGGAAUGGUCGAAGGAGUGGGGAGGGGAACAAAGAGGGGGACGUGGCAAGAGAGAAUACCACUGCUGCUGCAGCAGCAGGUGCAGAGCGGGCGGCAGCAGCAGCGGCGGCGUUGAGAGCGACACGGGCAGCAGCAGGGGGGGCAGUGGUGGACGACUCCAAAGUGCAGGUGCGGGAGGUGGUGGACUUUGCAGGGGAGGCGGUGGAGGUGGUGCGGGUGCUGGACGCGCGCUCUAAAGAGGCUGCUGCUGCCAAGCGCAAGGCCGACAUGCAGUGCUCUCCCUCUGCUGCUCCACGCCGCGUCUCCACUCCACAUCCUCCCUCUCCCCUUCCUGGCCUCACCCCUCCUCGUUCUCUCUCCCCUCCCCGCCCUCUCCCGUCACUGCCCUGUCCCCGUCCCCCGCAUGGCUGGCAGGCGUUGACAUCGAAGGGGUUGGACGCCAUAUUGGCGCAGAUGGAGAAGAAGAAGAAACUCAGCUCAACAUCCGCGUCGACAUCAAAGGGGUUGGACGCCAUACUGGCGCAGAUGGAGAAGAAGAAGAAACUCAACAUCCUCGACAAGUCACGCAAGGUGAGCGAGCCGUGCAAGGUGUGUGCCCGGGCUGAGAAUGGACAAGUCACGCAAGGACUAGAGCGAGCACAAGGAGGGAGUGGGUGUGGCAGUGCGGUUGGAGCAGUGCAGCACUGGCCUCUUGCUCCCUCUCACUCCAUCCCCCCUUUCCCAAACCUCCCCGACUGGAGUGAGUACAAGGAGGGCACGGGCGUGGUGGAGGAGUUGGAGGAGUACAGGAGGAGCGGUGCCACGUACACGGAGAAGAGGGCGUUUCUGGGGCAGGCUGACCUGCGCGAGUACGAGCGCGAACGCGAUGCCAAGCUGGCUGCGCAAGCCAGGAGAGCACGGCCGGGGGGAGUGGAUUGA